CAGAACACUAUGAGUUUUCUGAAUUCAGGGAUAAAGAGACAGCUCUUGGAUUUACUCUCUUUAUGUUGCAUUUCUGAAGUUUGCGGAAUCCAAGAUUAAGGAACUGGAAGACUUACUGUGUGAUGAGGACCCACUUCCCGGUUCAUGGACAUCAUCUUCCUGGUUCAUGGUGAAAGGGCUUUUGUUUCUACCAGUCAGAUGUCAUACAUGGCUACUGAUGGCUGUGCUCUUGUUCCCUUGCGUCAGAAGCCAAGGAAGAAAACUCAAGGUCUUUUCACGAUGAGUCGGAGGAGGAUAUCGUGUAAAGAUCUGGGACAUGCUGACUGUCAAGGGUGGCUGUUUAAGAAAAAGGAAAAGGGAACUUUCCUAAGCAACAAAUGGAAAAAGUUCUGGGUGGUGCUCAAGGGGUCGUCGCUGUACUGGUACAACAAUCAGAUGGCAGAGAAAGCAGAUGGCUUUGUCAACCUGUCUGACUUCACUGUAGAAAGAGCAUCAGAAUGCAAGAAAAAGCAUGCAUUUAAGAUCAAUCAUCCACAGAUCAAGAUGUUUUAUUUUGCAGCUGAGAAUCUGCAGGAAAUGAAUGUGUGGUUAAAUAAACUGGGAUUGGCUGUAAUUCAUCAGGAGUCCACUACAAAGGAUGAAGAAUGUUACAGUGAAAGUGAACAGGAUGAUACUGAAGUAGCUGUGGAAACACCACCCCCUCCUUACUCUUCAGCGACUUCUUCUCCUGUGGUUGCACAGCGGGCAUCUUCCUCCUCACCCAAAUUGAGUGAAGCAUCCUGUUCUUUUUCCUCACUGGAAAGUACAAUGAAGACACCUGGUAGCUUUGCUUCCUUGGGAUCUAAAGAAAGACAGUCUUGGCUCGACAUAGUUAAUAGUUCAUCUGCUGUGGGAGAUGUUGGCCACUCCCUGACUUUUGCUGUGCAGGUUCAUUCGCCUGCACCCUCAGAAGCAAACAGUUGUAAGGCCCCAGAAAACAGCUUUGUCACAGCUGAAAGUGGGCUAUUGAACUCUUUAUCUAGUGAUGACACUUCUUCACUGAGUAGCAAUCAAGACCAUCUGACUGUCCCAGACAAACCUACUGGAUCAAGGAUGAUGGAUGGAGAAGAAAUCAAAACACCUGAAGAUGAAAUGGAGAAGCUUUACAAAUCUUUAGAGCAAGCUAGUCUAUCUCCGCUGGGGGACAGAAGACCUUCAACCAAAAAGGAGUUAAGAAAGUCCUUUGUUAAGAGGUGUAAGAACCCAUCUAUAAACGAGAAACUUCACAAAAUCCGAACUUUGAAUAGCACGUUAAAGUGUAAAGAACAUGAUUUGGCCAUGAUUAACCAGUUGUUGGAUGAUCCGAAGCUGACAGCCAGGAAAUACAGAGAAUGGAAAGUCAUGAACACCCUGCUGAUCCAGGACAUCUAUCAGCAGCAGCACACCCCACCUGCCCCUGGAGGCAGCCCCCAGGAGCUCAAAGGAACCCCUCCUUCUGUCUGUGCUGACAAUUCUAUUUGAGAAAGAUCAAAAACCUCUCGCUUCUUACAUUCUAUUGCAAACAGCUGGACAGGAUGUAGCCAAGAGCUUACAUUUUUCCUUAAAAGGAAAAUUGAAGUUCUUUGAGAACCAGCUCCCCCUCUAAUGAUGCAGCUUGGGUGAAAACACUAAGCAAGUGCAGCAGAACCCCUAGUUCUACCUGUAUCUCAAUCCUUACAGUGGGAAGGAUUGACUUCCUUUGAGGAGCUGUGAUUUCAUGCUCCUCAUGCGAGCUCCAAGUGAGGCAAGGCUCCAGGUGGAUAUGAGAAAUCGAUCUUCUGUCCCUUGCUUCCAAGAGAAUGAAAACAUACCAUGGAUGCAAGAUCUGGUUUUACUAGGGUAUAAUUAUUUCUUUAUAUCACAGAAACAUUCUGUUUUCCAACAGAAGCAUGUAUAUAGUCCACCUGUUGGGCUCAGAAUUCUCCUGUGAGUGGAGGAGGCAGCACCUGGAGCAGGUUACUUGUUGAUAUGGCAGAACAAAAGUUGUUUGCCUCUGGGUGCAGAAUGGUGGAGUCUUAUUCUCUUGCUCAGAAAUCCUUGCUAGCAAGUGGUGUAUGGAAGUGUCUGAGGAGGAGACGAGCUCUGCAUGCCACUCACGGACAGGACGGCUUGGUAUCUUCAACAGUUUACCCUGGUCAGGGGAUCUGACUAAUAUUUCUUUUUCUCACAACACCUAGGAAAAACUAGCUCACUGAAGUUGGAGACCUCUACUUCUUCCUCUUAGCCUUCCUGAACAAAGGCAGGACAGUAAUAAGCCCAGUGAGGAAAGCUGUGUUGCUUUUGACCUUGGCUGUAGUGUCUGUACACAGUAUGAGUUUAUAGCCAAUUUUUCUGGGAUCCGUCUUGACAAGAUGAUUCUGGCCUCUGAAUUGCUUUAAUGUCAUUAUUUGUGGGGGAAAAAACCAAAAGCAAUCGGAACAACAACAAGAGUUAAAUAGACAUAAUUAUUUUAUUUUUGUAUGUCACUUUAUGUGCUAUGUGAAUAGCUAUCUAUGUUUCUUAUUUAACUAUAUUUAUAGAAGUUCAAAUUACUGGUGUUUUGAAAGAUGAUAUACUAUUAUAUGUUUUGUUCUGUAUAUAUAGUCUAGAAGCAUAUACUUAUUUUGCUUGAUAAAAUAAAAAUUUAUUGGAGCUAUGUUGCACUAUAAUGAGUGAGGAAUGCUCAGGAAAUCUUGUGAGAAAAAUAUGGAGCAUGUACUGGUAAUGCUUUACUGUACGGGAUGCCUUUCUCUCUCUCUCUCUCUCUCUCUCUCCCAGUUUCUCUUAUAAAUCAUUCUCAUAACGUUAACCUUAGGUUAUCCCUUGUAUUAGAUAAACUUUAAGUUUAUGCCAUUAUGACCAUAAACUCUAGACCAAAUGAAGCAUAAGCAAUGUAAUAUUUUGACUAAAGAUUUAAUAUAAAUUUGAGGACUGUUGUUUAAAAAGUACAUAUUAGAGAAGCAACACAAUAGCCUUCACUUGCCAAUCAGAAUGCAGAUUUCUCAUCAUAUUUCAAACCACAACCCCCAAGAACCUGUUUUGGCUUUACCUUCUGCUAGUGAAUUGCGCAAUUUUGUAUCAUCAAAGUGUGUCUUGCCAUUCAAAUGGAAAUAACUGCUUGAAUAACAUCUGUAAACUAGAUGGAAAUAUUGUUGAAUAUUUCUCCAAGUUUUACUUAGAAGUCAUCAUAAUCUGUAAUCAGACAGACAAACAAAAACCUUAGCAUUAAAAAUUAAAGAAAGAAAAACCCCAAAACAAAAAGAAUAGGAAGCAAGUUGUAAUUCUGGAAGCUUGCCCUACCACACGUGUAGUUGCUUCUACAGCAGGGGAAUCACACAGAUAACGAGGUGCUCAGAUUAGAUGAUACCUUGGUUUGAGAAGUCAGUGUUUUAAGUUUGCUCUGGAAAUUAUCAUUGAUUCUUUCUGUGAUGAGCAGCUGUUUGAAUGUUAAUGGGUUGGGAUUCACAGUGUAGAUGGAUUGUUAAGGGAAAGGAAAUCAGAAUGGAGGAAAUCAAGCUGUCCACCUCUUUUUUGGUUUGCAGCACUAAUCUAUAGGCCCCUGUAUAGCUUUUCCUGAAUUAAGGAGCUUCUCUCUGAGUAGGGCUUGUGGAUACAUUUUAAUGUUUUACUUUGGCUUUUCAUCAAUACUUGUUGAACUGAAAUUUUAAUGUAAAUUCGUUCAUUCAAAUUUAAGGGUAAACUCAGCCAUGAGAUUACUUGUGUAGGCCUUAAAGUUAUUUUUAAACUACUGCAAAAAAAUUUGACCUAAAAGUUUCUGCUUUGGUAAGCGUCUCCAAAUGAAAAUUAUGUUGAAUUGUUUGAUGUCGUGCCCUGUGUUUUCAGACCAAACUGCUCACUCAUUAGUGUUUUCUCUUUUAUAAAUAAUUGUUUCCACUCGGGGGUAGGGUGUUAGGAAGCACAGGUGGCCUCUGUGAGUUUCCAUACACAGCUAUGGCCACUAAGAGGUAGGUGUGGGAUGCUUUCCAUGACACUCAGCGUAGGAGUGACCCUACCAAGUUCUGUGUUGCCCUCAAGUCACUUUUCUGGUCCAAAUGGUUUUGAGAAAACUGGAUUACUUCCAGUUUAUUGCUGAGGACUGGUUGUCUCUGAAAUAGACUUCAGCUAGUUCAUGGGGUCUAAUGGAAGACUCCUGUACCCACUGCUGUUGCCACAGAGCCUGUGGCUGGGGAAUAGCCCAGAACUGUGGCCACUCAGAAAGGAAAUGGAAACCGAUUUAGCUUGCAGACUCACAUUAGAGGCUGAUAGGACACUCUCACUUGUAGGUAGAUUGCAAAUACAUGCUGAAUCCCAUAUCCAUCUUGUGUUUGAAGUGUACAUGUUGCUUUUAAGAAUUCCUACUUUUUCCACAAUAAGCUCAAGUCUCAGAAUAGAAUCAAAGUCCUAGAAAGAAUGCUAAGCCUAUAAUUACUAUGACUGUAGGAGGCCUAAGAGGUUGUGUUUGGAGUCAGUGUGAACUCAUGCCUUGCAUUUGCACAGUAUUUUGUAGUUUGCACAUUGGUGCGGUCCAUCCCCUCACCCCAUCCAAUCCCUACUCCUCCUACUGCCCUGUGAUCUGAGUGGGAUGAUUGCAGAUCAUCAGUACGGUGAAGUGCCUGACCCACAGCCCCAAGUGGUAGAGCUGCAAUUUGAGCUUGAACCUCAGGACUUAGCUCCUUCCUGCUUAGCCCGUUCUUGCAAAAUUGCUUCUGGAGCAGAGCCAGCUAGGGAGCAAGAGGUAUGAUUUGGAUUCUGCUGUCUGUUGUUGCAAUGGGGCUCAGGACAAAGGGGCCGGCCCCUGGUGGCUUUUUGCUAAACCAGUCACCUGUACCCAAAGGGCCUUCUCUGUCGUGAGCAACUCUCUUUCAGAAGGUGCAGCUCCCACCUACUGCUGGGCUAUCUGUGACCAUUUCUUUCUGUAAGUUAGACUCCUUGUUAAUGCUGUGGGGACCUCAGAGGAAAGCGGCUGUCUUUUAUGGCUUGGAGAGUGUUGGUUUUGUUUUCUUUCCGGGACAUAUUAUGUCAGAGGCCCCAUUUAGUAAUUAGGGGUCAGUCCUCUGAUUUUCCUCUCAGUUUUUUGUCACAUAAUUACGAUAAUUUCCUCAGGGAGACUACAAAUUACAAUGUCGAAGAGACGAAACAUUAAAAGAAAAAUAUUUUAUGAGUCUUUUGAGGAGAGGUGCUAUACCAACUCAAGCCAUAUUGAAAUUCGUGGACAUGUAUCUCUUUGUAAGAAAGACAGUAUUUUGAUGUAGUCACACAGAUGAUUUAGUAAGUGACCUAAGCACUUACUGUCCAAAUGUCACUUUAUAUUGAAAUCUCCAUAGCCAAAUGAAAUUUAGGAGGUUUUCCCAUUUAUUUUCCUCCCAAAAUUUUUGUAUAUUUUUCUCGCAAGAGAAAUCCAACCUUAGCAAUAGGAGGUAACUGACUUCCUAUGGUUUUGUCAUGUAUAGUUACAAAUAAAAGCCCCUUAAACUAGACUUUUUUACAACCCCCAUGAAAUGGGCUGCUUUUGCUAGUGAAUGAGAUACAGACAGGCAUGUGCUUCUCUGCAUUGUGAGGGAGAAACAAUGUCUUUGCCUCUUAGGUAUGUCUCUUUUUCCCCCCAUGUGACCACACUACCAUAUCAGAAAUGUUAAAAAUGGAUUUUACAUUUGAAAAAAUAUGUUUUUACAUUUCUCUUCCUGCGAGGAAACUUAAUCGCUAUGUAUUGAUAUUCCUUUACCUUUAGCCCACAGAGACAUUUAACAGCCUAUAAUGAAAAGAAGGGUUUGACAUCACACAUUUCAAUAUUGUUGCAUGACGGGGAUGUGAUUUAAUCGUGUGUGGUGUUUUGGGCAACGUGUUAAUGUGGAAACGGUGUCUUAAAUUCCACUGUGUUUUUAUUCUUUGUCAUCUACCCUUUUACUAUACUAAAAAAAGAGGCAUGGUUCUUUUGUCCUGAUUUAUAUUUUUGAAGUUGACUUGUAAAAUAAAAAUAAAAACAAAAAAAUGUAUC